GCCUGAGUUCCACAGCCAAUGAGUGCCAGAUCCAGGACUGAAUCAAAUCUGCCUGAGAGCCUCAGUCUCUCCAUCUGUAAAAUAGGGUGAUUUAUUACCUCCCUCUGGGGGUGAUGCAAGAAUCAAAACCUGCUUGCUUCUGAGAUGAAUGAGCACCUGGGGAACCCCAGUUGUCCCGGUUGCUCCUGCUCCUGGGACCUGCAGGCCCACCUUAGGAUGGAAGUGGAGACCAGCAGCCGGGUGUCUACACAAGAUUCACUCCUAGAAGCUCCAGGGUGGGAGCAGUGGGCCCUGCUGAGAGGUGGUCUUGAGCUCCUGGCCACACCCUUUCUGGGGGCAGCGAAGUCACAGGCCCCACCUUUGCUGAUGGCGAGCUCAUCCCCAGGGAGCCUGGUUUUUUUCCUGAGGACGAAGAGGAGGCUAUGACGCUGGCGCCACCUGAGGGCCCCCAGGAGUUGGACACGGACAGUCCCAUGGAGAGCCCUCAGAGCCUGGAGGGGUCUGUCGGGAGUCCUGCUGAGAAGGACGGGGGACUCGGGGGCCUGUUUCUGCCAGAGGACAAGUCCCUGGUCCACACUCCAUCCAUGACGACCUCAGACCUUUCUACACACUCCACCACCUCACUUAUCAGCAAUGAGGAGCAGUUUGAAGACUACGGGGAGGGUGACGACGUGGACUGCGCCCCCAGCAGCCCUUGCCCCGAUGAUGAGACCAGGACCAACGUCUACUCGGACCUGGGGUCUUCAGUGUCUUCCAGUGCGGGGCAGACGCCUAGGAAAAUGCGGCACGUGUACAACAGCGAAUUGCUGGAUGUUUACUGCUCUCAAUGCUGCAAGAAAAUCAACCUGCUCAAUGACUUGGAAGCCCGACUGAAAAACCUGAAGGCCAACAGCCCCAACCGAAAGAUCUCCAGUACAGCCUUUGGACGGCAGCUCAUGCACAGCAGCAACUUUAGCAGCAGCAACGGCAGCACCGAAGACCUGUUCCGGGACAGCAUUGACUCCUGUGACAAUGACAUCACAGAGAAGGUAAGCUUCCUGGAAAAGAAGGUGACAGAGCUGGAGAAUGACAGCCUGACCAAUGGGGACCUGAAGAGCAAGCUGAAGCAAGAGAACACGCAGCUGGUGCACAGGGUGCAUGAGCUGGAGGAGAUGGUGAAGGAUCAGGAGACCACAGCCGAGCAGGCGCUGGAGGAGGAGGCACGGCGCCACCGCGAGGCCUACAGCAAGCUGGAGAGGGAGAAGGCUACUGAGGUGGAGCUGCUCAAUGCCAGGGUGCAGCAGUUGGAGGAAGAAAAUACAGAGCUUAGAACAACAGUGACUCGGCUCAAGUCUCAAACAGAGAAACUGGACGAGGAGCGGCAGCGCAUGUCCGACCGUCUGGAGGACACCAGCCUGCGACUCAAAGAUGAGAUGGACCUGUACAAGCGCAUGAUGGACAAGCUACGGCAGAACCGCCUCGAGUUCCAGAAGGAGCGGGAGGCGACGCAGGAGCUCAUCGAGGACUUGCGGAAGGAGCUGGAGCACCUGCAGAUGUACAAGCUGGACUGCGAGCGGCCAGGAAGGGGCCGCAGUGCCUCCUCUGGCCUAGGCGAGUUCAAUGCCAGGGCCCGCGAGGUGGAGCUCGAGCACGAGGUCAAGCGGCUCAAGCAGGAGAAUUAUAAGCUGCGGGAUCAGAACGAUGACUUGAAUGGGCAGAUCUUGAGCCUCAGCCUCUACGAAGCAAAAAACCUCUUUGCCGCCCAGACUAAAGCCCAGUCUCUGGCUGCGGAGAUAGACACUGCCUCGCGUGAUGAGCUAAUGGAAGCCCUCAAGGAGCAGGAGGAGAUCAACUUCCGGCUGAGGCAGUACAUGGACAAGAUUAUCCUCGCCAUCCUGGACCACAACCCCUCCAUCCUCGAGAUAAAACGCUAAGGCACGGGGCUGGCUGCGGAGCAGCCUUAGGACCCUAGAACCAAGGGGCAGGCCCUGCCCAAGGAUGCAGGCCUAAGCCGGGCCUCACACUCACACUGUAAAUGUCUCUCUGGCCACCAUGCGUUACGUGUACCUGUGUAUGUAUGUGGGGAGGCUGUGCACACGAGCGAGGGGUGAGUGGCCGUGGCUGUGGGCAGCAUCCACACGGUUAGCCGUGCAUGCACUUUGUGGCCCCUUUGCAAGGGGCGGAGGGUACUGGAAGUGGGAGGGGGCAAGGUCUGCUAUCAGGAGUUACUGUAAAAACAAGAACUGGAAGCUCGUGUUUCUGGUACUGGGUAAAAUGAUUCUACCUCUGGGGAUAAGGAUCCACAUUCGCUCUAGUACGAUGGGCUCUUUCACCCCACUCCUAGUCCCCUGGGUGUGGGAGCAAAAUUGUGAUCUUUCCUAGGAAUUCGAAUGCCCCAUAUUUGUGUCCUCGCCAGCUCUUUGGCCACCCUUCAAGCCCCGGUGUUCAAGCUCAGAGAGGAUGAAGGGGCAUCUGGAGGGUCCACGAGAUGGGGCCCUCACCAAACGCCUUGGCCGCCGGCCGGCAGCCCUCUGUGAUGUGUGUGCAGAGUGAACAGAGGACUCAGGUUUCAGAGGAGCUAGUGCAGAGCACCCUCAUCCUGUAGAGUUCAAACACUCCCCAUCCGUGCUACCUACCUCCCCGUUUCUGUUUUGGUUUUAAGACAAUGAAGCAGCAUUCACUGGGUGUAACAUGAAGGGAUAAAAACGAAGGAGAAAGAGAGUUUGGGAUGGGAUGUCUAAGGCAGGAGUUGACAUCAAGCAACCAAAGAAAUGAGUUUUGGGGAGGAACACAACUCCCAUCCCAGUUUCCUUCCCAUGGCUGCAUGUUAAGAUGGAUGCAUGGAGAGACCAUCUGCCUGGCUUCCUGUCUUCAUUCUCCACGCAGCCUGGUGAUGGCAGGCCUGGGUUUGGAUUUCAGAAUCUGAGCUCCGGGCUCCACUCAUGUGGCAGCAAGACUGCUUCAUUCCAGCGUUUAGAAACACACGUGUAUUUGGUUCUCAGUCAUGGGAGCACUUGCUGCACUGGUGGGAGGUGGUUGGGAAAGUUGCAGGAAAACCUUAGUCUUCCAUCCUUCCGAUCCAUGGUGGAAAUUCACGCCAUGGAUUUUUAAUGGAUCUUUUGUUCUAGGCAGCUGGGAAUAGACAUGGUACUUACCUUAGAGUUUUCCAAUUUAUCUCAAUUUUAUAUGGCUUGUGAUUCAUUUUCUUAAUCCAAAUAUAUAUAAACGUGUGUGGUCUUAUUUUCCCCCCUGCAGUUUCUUGUUUUCUUCAGCACAUCUUAUAGUAUGAGAAGGAAGGUUUGGGCAUGUUGGGAAGGACAGUGGAGGGGGAGACGCAGAAAGAGAGGGCACUGACAGUGAGGAGAGGGGAUCUGGGGACUUGGGUGUGACCCCUUCAUGACAAAGACAGGGCUGUGGCCAGGACCAACCUUCAGUUCCAUUCCAAUCAGCCUUUGCAUUUGUUGGAUCUCGUGGCUUCAUUUGAAUCCUAUGUUGGGGAUUAGUUUCAUGCUGCAAAUAAUGGGGUUGCAUUGGUCUGAUCCAAGACUUUGGAGCCACCCACACCGGGAAGACUAGGCUAGGCAGUCGGUCUUCUGGAGUUUCUCAGCCCCUUAGGACGCGGGUCUCCUUGGGCUCCCCCAAGAGUCUGCAAAGAGGCAGUGGAAGAAGGCAUGAGGAGAGGGUCUCUUGAGAAUUUGCCAAUAGGAAGCAAUGGCCAUGGCUGAAAGGAACAAGACAGAUCCUGACAUAGCUUUGGCCUGGGUGUUAGGUCGAAGGAGUACUGGUGCGUGGGGGCCUUGCCCCAGGGUUGAGUAUUUUAUAUGUAAAAUGUUAUCUACUCUUUGGCUGCACUGGAAUUUCAGAGAAGGCUGCAGAGGCAUGGGUUCCACAGCCUGAGUCACAACGUGGGAAGGAAUCUGCCAUGGGAAAGGCGGGUGGAAGGAAGCAGCUGGCAGCCUGGGGUGUGCUUCAGGCUCCUCCCUCUAGGGGGCGCCGUGGGAACAGGCUCCAGGAGGCGGCUGGAGUCCAAAAGGCCCCCGGGACCUGGUGCAGUGCCAGAGGGGCCUCUGGAACAGGGCUGGCUUUUAAAUGGGGGGCUGAAUUCCAGCUCACACACACCUCAAGUCCAACCUUACUUUCUUCAGCCAGAAUACAUUUCUUGUAAAACCUGGCCUACCUGCUUGGCUUUUAAAGAUCGCAUAUGUUUGUAAAAAUAUUCUUCUGGGCUCAAAAGCUAGCUUGAGGGGGCAGAUGCCCCAAGGGUCCCAGCUCCACAGCCCCUGGCAGGUCCCAGAGCCCUUGGUGGUAGGGAUGGAGCUUGAUCUUUGUUUCUGCCUUUACACCUCAGUAGUGGGGCUGCAAGGUAGUAGACAGGAUGCCUAGUUAAGUUUGAAUUUCAGAUAGACAAAUAAUUUUAGAAUGAACAUCUGUACUUCAGAUAGACAAAUAAUUUUAGAAUGAACAUCUGUACUUCAGACAGACAAAUAAUUUUAGAAUGAACAUCUGUACUUCAGAUAGACAAAUAAUUUUAGAAUGAACAUCUGUACUUCAGAUAGACAAAUAAUUUUAGAAUGAACAUCUGUACUUGGGACAGAUGUUAUUUUUAGAGAUAGAAUCUUGCUCUGUUGCCCAGGCUGGAGUGUAGUGGUAUGGUCAUAGCUCACCAUAACCUUGAACUCCCAGGCUCAAGUGAUCCUCCUGCCUUAACUGCCUCAGUAGCUGGGACUACAGGCAUGCACCACCACACCCAGCUAAUUUUUCUUAUUUUUUGUAGAGACAGGGUCUCACUGUGUUGCCUCACUCGAGCUGCUGGCCUCAAGUGACCCUCCCGCCUCAGCCUCCCAAAGCACUGGGAUUACAGGCACGAGCCACCAUGCCUAGCCAGGACAUAUUUGAAAUGCGGAGAUUUGAAAAAUUCUGAUGAUGAGACUGAGUCCUUAGACAUUCCAGUUUAAUUGUUGUGGGUGUGACCCAGGCAUGGAAUUUUGUAAAGAGCUGCUCAGGUAAUUCCAAUUUAAUUGCAUGUCCUACUUGGGUUUUUUGUUUGUUUGUUUGUUUUUAUUGUUUUUGCUAAACCUGGCAACCCUACCGAGUAGGGAUUAGCAGUAACUUAUCUGAAAUCUAGAGGUGUUUUUUGGGUGGGGCGAGGGUUUCUGUAGUAGACUCAGACUUUACAUGGCCCUGAGCUGCCCUGGUGGUCAGGUGGAAGUCAGGCAAAAUGAACUGAACCAGGAGUGAGCUUUGUAUACAUUAUCUACUAGAAAAUGAAGUGCCUCCUGGUUCAGCAAGUCCCUGUGCGGUGAGAGGCUUUAAGAAAGUUCUAGUAAAAAUGUUUUUUCUUUUAACUUUGAAUUGGCCAGAGUUAAUCCUAGGUCAUUUUAUUUUAAACUGGUAGAUUUCUUUGUGAACUGUCACAGAGAAAUUCCUUUUCGUGACUUUAUUUCUGACCUAUUUAAAACAUGAACAGACCAGGCACGGUGGCUCACGCCUGUAAUCCUAGCACUUGGGAGGCAGUGGCAGGCGGAUCGCUUGAGCUCAGGAGUCCUAAACCAGCCUGGGCAACACAGUGAUACCUUGUCUCUACCAAAAGUUAAAAAUAAAAGAACACAAAGCUCAGGAAGCUGCACGAGGGCCUGGAACAGUGGGCUUAGCUUUGGCUGUGCAUUGGAAUUACCUUGGGAGAUUUGUAAGCUUCUGCUGUCUGGGCUGAACCACCAGAGGUUCGGAUUGAAUUGGUGGGGGUGUGGUCCAGGCAUCCAGAUGUGCAAAGACCUCCCCAGGUGAUGAUAUGCAGCCCGAGGUUGAGACUCCCCUGUCCUGGAAGGUCAUUGGCCAGAGGUAGAGGAAACUGGUCAAAGUGGCUAUUGGGCUUGUCAAGCCCAUGGCUGAAUGACAGCGAGCACUCUUGCUGGGAGGGUACCCUUUCCUGUUAUGUUGUUGAAUGGUCCUGGCCUGCAGGAUGGGAGACCAGAUGCCUUCAGGAGCUGGUGGAUCCAACUGUUCUCACCAACCUGGAGGUUAGCAGACCAGAGUGGGCGGGCAGGACCUCGGCCUGGUGCCCCUGGAGUCAGUGGGUGGCAUGUGUUGGGAUAUACUGGCUACAGGCUCAUUGCAAAGAGCAGGUAGAACAGAGUCGGCAGGGAACUGACAGGUGAGGCUGUCCCCCUGAAAGCAGCCUCAGAAACAGCUGCCACCUAUUUGCAUAGCUGAGCAGGAGGAGAUAAUUUCUUUGUGGGUUUUGCCUCUGGUCUGUUUCCUGACUGGGUUGAUAAGGGAGUUCCAGCUCUUUCCCUGUUAGCCAAACCAGCAUCCCACUCACACACUGGACACUCCAGGUGCUAGUCCGCUGGUGCUGGUGUUGAGGGGAGUGGGGGUGGGGGAUGCAAGUGCGAGUUCUUGGUUCCAGUGAGGGACUUAGCCAGCAGAAGCCUCCAGGGGCCAGCAGGGCCAGGUGAAACUGGGAGAAGUGAAGCCCUCUUUCUAUGUCCUGUGUGUGUGGUGGGUUUACUGCCUUAGCAAAUUUAAACUUAAAAACGAACUCUAGGCCAGGCACGGUGGCUCACACCUGUAAUCCCAGCACUUUGGGAGGCCAAGGCGAGUGGAUUGCCUGAGCUCAGGAGUUCCAGACCAGCCUGGGCAACAUGGUGAAACUCUUGUCUUUAUUUUUUCAAAAAACAAACACUAACUUUAGAUGUGAUCGUACCAGGAAAGCUUUGCGUGGUCACCAUGCCAAGAAAAUGACUUUGGUUGCCCGGCAGAUCCACAGUGACUCUUUUUCAGGGGCUAUUGUGGAUUCUAGAUUGAGGAAAGGGGCCACCUAGGACUCAGUGCUGGUAUCCUCCACAGUCCUUUCUCCCAGACUCUGGCCCUCCCGUUGGGACCCAGGGAAUCCCCUCUAGGGUGACGCUGCUGGCUGGUAAGACUGAGGCCUGCUGCGCCAAGGGACCUCAAGUUAGAAGGGCCGUUCCUUCAAUGGAUGACUUUGAGCGCUGAUCCUAGGCACCUGCCAGGUCCUCACUUCCUGCUCUGAGUGCACACAUGGAUGGAGCAGCCAGCAGGAAGCAGGAGAGGCUGGAACCAGGAGCCUGCCCUACCUGCAUGGCAGGACAACUCCGAGGCCCUUCUGCCAUAUUCUCUGCUGCCCACCAGAGAAAAUAGGCUGCUUUCUAGAAAGAUUUGUUUCUAAAAGUAUAGACCCUGGGGAAGUAUAAUGCCACCAUGCUCAGCAGGCAAGGUUUCCCAUAUGGCCUUCCUGCCCUGACCUCGUAGGUUGCUCCUCUCCCCACCUGUAAGGUAGAGAUGUCUGCCCCGGAGCCACCAGCUGGGGAUGGCAUCCAGGCCAUGUCUCCUGCAGGAUCCAAGUGCUGUUGUCCCCAGGGUAACCCUGCCUCCUGCUGGGGCCCAUCCGCUUUGCUGUGCUGCACAGGCUGUUUUCAUCUGCAUGGUUUGCGGUCUUUGUCCUUGUGCCUUUUCUUCCCCAUCGCCACUGUACAGGAUUUUCCACAUUACCCACUGCCUCCUUUUUUACAUAGUCUCGUCUCCCUGACAUUUCCCGAGCCUUGUAAAUGUGUACUUUUUCCAUGUGCCUCCCCCAGGUGAGGCCAACUCUCCCGGGCACAUUCAUCCACAGGGAUCAGGCCCCACUUAUCCUUGGCUCACUCAGCCUGUAGACUUGGUAACUUUGUACAGAAGCUUUCAUUAUUGUCUUAAACAUGGGGGGCUAGGACCCACUUAGUCCCUUCUCCAGCCUGCAGCUAGUUUAGGAGCCUUGCAUUCCAGAAAAGGGCAACUUUGUGUAAAGCAGCUUCUCCCACAGAGCUUUUCCUGCAUUGUUAGCGAUGUCUGGCAGAGCAUUACUCUUUAACCUGGGGCACUGACUGGCCCCAGCGGAGAUGUCAUGGGACUGCAGCCACUCCGUGUACCAUCUCUGCCCCCAGAGGAAGACCUGUCCGUGGUUCCAGGCCUGCCUUGAGGCCACCACAUCUGUGUCUAGAACAGCUGCGGGCCCCACUCGGGCCGAAGGAAGAGGCGUUAGCUGCUGCCCUUGCCUGCUGUGAAUACCUGCCCAGCCCUUCCUUGUCUGCUGAGGUGCUCAGACCAGAGUGCCAUUAAAUACCGACUGAUGUCACAGAGUGGACGGUGCAUUGCCGAGGACUCACUCAUAGCUGUGGGCCCCCUUCCAUCUCCUCCCACUUUCUUGGCUGGGUCUUCUGAGGCAUAUGUGGAAUGAACUACACACGUGGCCUCAUGCCCAAAGGUUUGUUCGAUGGCUUCUGACUCUGGGAUUCAACUUGAGUUUUUUGCCCCAGGAGGCUCUGUCUGGAAACAGGCUUAGUUUUAGGGCUGGGGUGGGACCUGCCCUGUGGGCCCCAGGGAGGGGAUAGUGGGGGUGACGCCCUGAGGCUGUCCAGGGUCCGAGCUCUAUGCCUCCAACCUGCUUCUGCCUCAAAAGGAACAGGCUGUUGGUGGCAGGCUCCUCCCAGGGAGCUGUACUGUACAGACCAAGGUGUAAAUAAACAGUUUGCUCUUCUC